AAUUUGAAUUUCGCAUCCAUUCCACGGCGCAUUUGUUCGGGCACAUCACAUUCAUCCAGCCCACUACCAUGGCCAAAAUUCUCAAGUAACUCAAUAAAAUAGAAAAAUUUCAAGUUUUCCAUACCGGCUAAUAGAGAAAUAGUACAAAAAACAAUUAAAAAACAUGGCUCUAGUUCUGAGGAAGGCGGUUUUGCCGAAGAACGUCUCGCUGCUGAAAUGUUUGAAGGGGCGACCCAUGGCCACUACGGUCAACAAGAAAAACCCUGCUACUCUAUCACCGUACGCGACGUCGGCUUCCAACCCCACCGGGAUGAGGACCCUCCUCUGCAGCGGAGACCAGCGCGGCUCGAUACGGUCGUAUGCUGAGAAGAAAGAGGAUGAGAAAAAGGAGAUGUGCCCCACGUGUGGCUGUCCGUGCGGCCCAUGCGGACCUUGCGGCCCAUGCGGGCCCUACGGUCCCUGUUCAUUUCCGUGCGGUCCAUGCGGACCCUGUCGGUGCCCUUAUCCGUGCGGACCGUGCGGCCCAUGCGGUCCCUGUGGUCCCUGUGGACCGUGUGGUCCCUGUGGUCCGUGCGGACCAUGUGGGCCAUGCGGCCCAUGCGGUCCAUGCGGCCCUUGUGGCCCAUGCGGACCGUGUCGAUGCCCCUGCCCGUGCGGCCCAUGCGGCCCAUGCGGCCCGUGCUGCCCGUGCCCCUGCCCGUGUCCGUGUCCGUGCCCGAAGCCGAAGAAGUGCGAGGGCACGUGCCCCAUGUGCGGGGGUCAGCCCAUGGCAAUGCCGAUGAAACCAGAGGAGUGUAAAAAGGAUGACAAGAAAAUGCCUUCGCGCAUAUCCGCUGCGGGUGCGGUGAAAAUAACGCCAUCGAAGGCAGUGCUGGCCCGAAGCGCGAGAGAGGCCUGGGCUGUGCCCCUCGGGUACGCGAAGAUCGGGAAGUCGCGGCAGCUGUCGUCGUUGAGCCGCGCCGGCCCCAGCAAGACUCCAUCAAUGCGAUUCUGCGUCUCGUGUCCGAAUCUCGUGCCGGAAACGAGAGCGAGGCCCCGCCUGCCUCUAAGACACCUCAGCCCUCCUAGAACUAAGCCUGUUUUCACCGAUUCCAGCUACCCUAAGAAAUAUACGCAAUCUCCUUUUUCUUUCCUGACUGGUCUUUUAGAAUCUAACCUCCCUCAAGUCCUGUCAAAACGACCCUACUCGAAGCCCUGCGUUUGUGGCUGCCCCUGUCCUAUCCCAUGCGGUCCUUGUGGCGGUCCUUGUGGCUGCGGCUGCCUCCCUCCUCCCUGCAAUACUCCACCACGUUGCAUUCAAUACAUGACCGGGUACUACUACUACCCGUACGGUUUUUGGUUUUGUGGACCAUAUCAUGUUGCGGGCACUUGCUGUCCUGUUGGUCCUUGCGGUGGGUGUGGACCAUGUGGACCAUGUGGGGCUUGUGGGCCAUGUGGGGCAUGUGGGCCCUGCGGUCCAUGCGGACCAUGCCGCCCAUGCGGCCCAUGCGGUCCUUGUGGCCCAUGCGGUCCAUGCGGAAAAUGCGGACCCUGUUGCGUCUGUCCAGCCACUACAGCAGUCUUUGGCGCGCAAGCUAAAGCACAAACUAAGUCGGGCGUAGUUCCACCGAACCACAUCAAGUGUCCUCUCUCCCAAGAAGCUUCUAAAGAUAGUCGUGCUGGCAUAUCUAGAUAUUUCCCGUUCAAUUCCACAAUGACGCCUGGUUCUGUCAAUAGUAGUGACCCUAAGAAACCAAGCACACCAACUAUGGCUUCCUUAUUUUGCCCUUACAGUACCAAAGCUCAGCCUAAAUAUGAGCCCGAUAUAUUCUUUUACAGCCCUUUAGAGGCUUUUCACACUAAACAUUCAGCGUCACUCAAUGGUACUCAAAGCUUAGUUUCUCAAAAGCCAGUCAAAAGUCAUUCCACCCCAACGGCUAAAAUAUCAUCAACCACAUUUACGAAAUAUUCUGAUAACUACAAACUUAAAGGCACUAGAAGUCCCAUUCACCAUAAGAGACCGAAACGGUAUAUUUACGAACUAUAUCCCGCAGUAGUACCCAGAGAGAUCAUGACCAGGCAGGAACAGGCUAAUGCCAGAUUGAAACCGGCAGAGCUACAGUUCUGUACCACGUUGCAGGAACCCCCAACCAAGAAUAACAGAAUUUAAAUGACUAUUUGAAUCAUAAAUUAUUCACUUUCACCUAAAUAUAUAUUACCCUAACUAUAA